AUGGUCUUGGAAGGGCAACCAGCUAGGAAUCUAGCUUAUGGAACAUCCGAAACCAUCGAAGAAGGUGAUGAUUCUCCGGAUACAAAACGAUGGAAACGAAGACACAUUGUUGCCGUGUUGGCACUUCUUGGAUUCGCCAAUAUUUAUGCAAUGCGCGCGAAUUUGAGCAUAGCAAUUGUUGAGAUGACGUCAGGAAGCGACUUGAAAAUUAAUGGAACCGUUAAGCAUAUUCGUGGCGACUUUGAAGAUUGGUCACCAAUGAGACAAGGAGUCGUAUUAAGCUCAUUCUUUUAUGGAUAUGUUAUUUCGCAACUUCCAGGCGGAUAUUUAGCAUACUCUUAUGGAGGAAGAACAAUGUUUUUUGCAGGAACUUUUGGUACCGCCGUUUUCACAUUGCUUACACCUCCUUUCGCCAAAUUUGGUUAUGGAAUGUUGGUGUUUGCAAGAUUCAUGGAAGGGCUUCUUGAAGGUGUCACAUAUCCGGCAAUGCAUGUAGUUUGGAGUAAUUGGGCCCCGCCGCUUGAACUGACAAAACUUGCAACAUUCGCGUUUUCUGGAUCAUAUUUUGGAACGGUGAUAGCCAUGCCAGUUUCGGCAUACCUUGGUGAAAAUUUUGGUUGGCCGAUGAUUUUUUGGUUUUUCGGAUUCGUUGGUGUAAUUUGGUGUGUUAUUUGGUUCAAAUGUGUUUACGAUCAACCAGCUGAAGAUCCCAAAAUAAGCACAGGAGAAUUGGCAUUGUUGCAACGAGAUGCUGUGAGCCAAAAUCAAUACCUUGUGCCAUGGCAUUACAUUCUUCGUUCGAAACCGGUUUGGGCAGUUAUUAUCGCUCAUACUGCUCAGAAUUGGGGAUUUUACACAAUGCUCACAAAUUUGCCAAGAAUGUUAAAAGAUAUUGCAGAUUAUAACAUAGAGAAAGCUGGCUUCGCAAGCAGCAUUCCGUAUUUAUUGAUGGGAAUUCUUACAAUCGCCGGUGGUCAAUUUGCUGACUUUUUGAGAAAGGAAAAACAAUUUGACACAUUACACGUUCGCAGGAUUUGCACUGUUUUCUCUCUUUUUGGACAAUCAGUUUUCUUGCUAAUGACUAUCAUGACAACGAACGGAUUUCUAAUCGCCUCAUAUGUUUCAUUCUCAAUUGGACUUGCUGGAAUAUGCUGGUCCGGCUUUUCUGUUAAUCAUUUGGACCUUGCCCCGCAGUAUGCGGGACACUUAAUGGCACUAUCUAAUACAAUUGCGACAAUUCCUGGAAUUCUUGGUCCCCUUUUCGUUGGAGCAGUUGUGAAAUCCGGAGCGGUUAAUGAAUGGAACUUGAUUUUAUACGUAAUGAUCUCGAUCUACCUUCUCGGAGCUGCAUUUUUCUACCGAUUCGCUGAUGCCAAUAUCCAACCCUGGGCUGAAGAUCAUUCUUCAUUUGUGGGACAACUAGAAUGA